AUGAAUCCAUCAGCCAUCCAAUGCUGGCUCAACAAUAUCUCAGAAACAAAAACACCUCACCAAAGCCCCCAGCAGCCACUCAAGCGAAAACGCGACGAAGCCGAUUUGCCGGGCCCUCUAAUAAGCCCAAUGUCGAGUCCCCCAAAACGCAACGCCCCAGAUCUCGACCAGACGCCCCAGUCCCUAAAAGACGUUCAACAACAAGGAUUCCUCCACCGAAACUUCUCUUUCCGCCCUUCGCCGUCGCCAUCUAAGCGUCGGCGUGCUUCACCGUCGAAACGACAUACUACGACAGCAAGUCUAAAACUGCUCGAUCCUCCGAUCUAUGUGAUCAAUCCUGAAGAUCUGGUGUCCGCCCUAUCGGAUGAUUUGGUGAAGCUGUACGAUGAGCUAUUCAUGGUCAUACACAAACAGGCCAUUCUACCGCCGAAUUUAAAACGAAUUCCGGAUUCAGAUGUGGUUGGACGCGCGAAAACGUUACCCUACAUGUGGCAGGACGUCGAUGAUGAAACGCAAGAUGAGUUGCUACGGCAUCAACACGAGAGACUCAGAGACAUCCUCCAUGAAGCUACCGAGGCGAGCACCAUGACCAAAGGAGAAUCAGCAUGGAACGCCCAAGUCCACUACCCGAUUCUCGACCUGGCACUAAAACCCAUCGCAACCGUAAAACCAGAGACCAUAACCAACGCUCAGAUAGUAAAGGAGUUCCGGCCUAUAUCACUCGACCAAACGUGGUCAUCAGCCUCAUCAUCCGCAGCAUCCAGUGUCACGUCCAGUCACAUCAGCGAGCAAGAAGCGUCAGUUCAUACAAUGGUUGACUUCGCACUUGUUCUCCUUCCCGAUUUUACGCUCGAAGCCAAGAUCAAAGCAUUCCUAGACAAGGCGGAUUAUUCAACUGUGAAUCAUACUGUGUAUGAUGCAUUAUCACGGCGUCCGGCGCCAGUAUUCAUCGAGACGAAAACGUCCGCUGGAGUGGUGGAUAAAAGUCACGCUCAAUUGGGCAUAUGGACUGCAGCGUGGUUCAUGCGACUAAGAGCUGCAAAUUCAAGCCGACGCGCAAUUGGAAUUCCAGUCAUUCAGGUUCAUGGGCAUGUGUGGACGGUCAUGUUUGCCAUGGAUGAGGGAGAUAAAAUCGUUCUUUUGGAUCAAGCCAUCAGGAUUGGAGAUACAGCGAAUGUGGUAGGAGCUUAUCAGCUCAUAGCUGCUUUAAGAACUUUCGGAAAGUGGAUGGGUGCUGGUUUCCGGACGUGGCUGGGGGAGUUUUUAGAUGGUGCGAUAGAAACAACAGUAAAUACAACCUGA